AUGGAGGUCAAGAAAGAAUCUCCGGGCACCUCCGUCAUCCCGGACGAAUACUCCGCCAAGACCCGCGUCGACGACCCCAUCCCCGAAUCCAACAUGGAAAAGAGCUCCUCCCUCGAGCAGCCCCGCGCCGCCUCGCCCCUCAACGAAAAGGCCGCCGGUUCGGAUGCCGCGUCCGAGGCCGCGGGUGAUUCCGACGAUGAGGCUAACUACCUGACGGGUAUGAGGCUCAUCGCGCUGAUUGCUUCACUGUGUCUUGUCGUGUUCCUCGUUGCGCUGGAUCAGACUAUUAUUGCGCCGGCAUUGGGGGCUAUCACGGCGGAGUUUUUGAGCGUUAGGGAUAUUGGCUGGUAUGGCUCGGCGUACUUCCUCACGACGACGGCGCUUCAGCCCAUGUUCGGAAACAUCUAUAAGCGCUUCAACAUCAAGUGGGCUUUCCUCAUCGCCGUCUUCAUCUUCGAGCUGGGCAGCUUGAUCUGCGCCGUUGCCCAGAACUCGACCACUUUCAUCAUUGGUCGUGCCAUUGCUGGUAUCGGAACUGCGGGCAUGUUCUCUGGCGGCAUUAUUAUUCUCGCCAACUCUAUGCCCUUGAGACAACGACCUCUUGCCUUUGGUAUCAUCUCCAGCAUGUGGGGAAUUGCUAGCGUUGCCGGACCUCUCCUCGGAGGUGCCUUCACCGACCACGCGACUUGGCGAUGGUGCUUCUACAUCAACCUCCCCAUCGGCGGUGUAUCCAUGGUUGCCAUCUUCUUCAUCCUCCACAUCAAGCGCAACAACAACCCCAACAACCUCUCCUUCUUCCGCCGCGUCCUCCAGCUCGACCUCCCCGGCACCGCCGUCUUCAUCCCGGGAAUCAUCUGCCUGCUCCUGGCCCUCCAGUGGGGAGGCACCGAGCACGCCUGGAACAGCGCCACCAUCAUCGGCCUCUUCUGCGGCUUCGGUGCCCUGAUCAUCAUCUUCGUCGGCAUCCAGAUCUGGCAGGGCGAGAAGGCGACGCUACCUCCUAGGUUCUUUAAGAAUAGGGAUGUUGUACUUGCUAUUCUUUUCGCUGUUGUGUUUGGCGCGGCUUUCUUCCCUCUCAUCUUUUAUCUCUCUCUCUACUUCCAAGCCAUCAAGGGUGACUCCGCAGUCCAAGCUGGUAUCAAGCUUAUCCCUCUCCUCCUGUCAGUCGUCAUCUCGUCCAUGCUUGCUGGUGGUUUGAUCACCUAUAUUGGUUACUACAGCCCCGUCGUCAUUCCUUGCAUGGUUCUCGCCACCGUGGGUGCGGGUAUGCUCACGACGCUCGACGUUGACAGCCCUCUGAGGGAGUGGUUCGGCUACCAGGUUCUAUGCGGUCUCGGUGUCGGCCCAGGCUUCCAAGUCGGCGUCCUCAUCAUCCAAACCAUCAUGACAAUGGACGACGUCCCCGUCGCCACAGCUUGCGUCCAAUUCGGCCAAGCCCUCGGCGGCGCCAUCUUCAUCGCCGUAGCCCAAACCCUCUUCCAAAACGGCCUCAUCGACGGCAUCACGGCCCACCCUCUCCCCGACGGCCAGGUCAUCAACCCCCUCAUCUUCAUCAACAGCGGCGCCUCGCAGGUGCGCGACAUCCUCAUCUCCAUGGGUCUCGAGAGCUCCAUCCCCAUGGUGCUCGAGGCGUACAUGGAUGGCUUGAGGGAUACUUUUUACAUCUCCGUUGCGGGCACGGGUAUGGCGUUUUUCUUGGCUUGUGGGUUUAGCUGGAAGAGUGUGAAGAAGCCUGUGAAUGGUGGUGGUGCGUCGGCCCCUGCUGCUGUUUAG